AUGUCUAUACAAACCCACGUCUCUUUAAUUGAUUUAUCAAAACAAUUUAAAUUUGAGAUUGACGAAGAAACAAAGAAAAAACUAAGUUUUGACGAAACGUUGAUAGUCAGCUGUGCACACUAUGAAGGUACUUUUGAAGGGGAGUCUUCCGAUUCCGAAUGGUCUUGUACUGAUUCAACGGAAAGCAAAGUUUUCGAACGAAAAAAAGAUGAAGAAGUUAACUUGAAAAUUAAUCUUGAGGAAUCAUCUAAUGUAAAGGAAGAAGCUGGUGAUGAAGAAAAUGAUUUUCACUUUUAUUUUUUUCCCGAAUGUAAUAAACCAAUUCCACCCGAUGAUGAUAAGGCAAGUGUGAUAAUAGUGGAUGGUUUUCCAAAAAUUAAUAAAAUUGAACCUGUGCCAGAUUGUACUUGUGAAGUUGAUAAAACUGGAAAAUGUCCUUGUCAUCUCAAAGUGCCUUGUGAAUGUGACCCGAAAAAACGCGAUGAGUGUACUUGCCAUGAAGCGGAAAAUAUUUGUAUAUGUGGCGAGUUUCCUGAAUUAAUAUGCAAAUGCAAACCUAACAAAGUAUGUAUGUGUCAUCCUGAUGGAAAACCUCGACCAAUUUGCGAUUGUGGCAAAGUUCAUAAGCCAUGUAUCUGCCAACCCGGUAAAUUUCCUUACCCCAUUUGUAUUUGUGAACAUAAACCAAAUAUAGACGCGAAGUUUGAGAACGAAGUAGGCGAAGAAAUUACUUCGACAUUGGAAAAAAAGGAAUCUAAAAAAGAGCCUUGUUUAUGCCAGAAACCAUCGCCAAAACCUAUAUGUCUUUGUAUUAAAGGAAAAGAUUGUAUUUGUAAACAAGGCACGUGUAUUUGUGGUGUACAACCAACAUGUAUAUGCGACCCAGCAGAAGGAGAAAUUAAUUGUGAUGAUAAUGAUUCUAAAACCGUUUGUAGCUGCCCUGUUGAUCCAGAAUGUAAAUGCUACGGUAAUACGCCAGAUGGUUGCAGUUGCUUUCCAAAAGUUAAAUACUGUACCUGUGGGAAUCCUGAGGAUUGUACCUGUUUAUUGACUUGCGAAUGUAAAGACCCUUGUCUCUGUGACAUUGUCACAGUCAAAAAAGAAAAUAUUUGCGUGUGUGAAGAUAAGCUUGAUUCUAACAGUUCAGUUUUUCAAGAUAAAAAAGAAGACAAUAGAUUAAAGAAAGUUAGAGCUGGAAAACAUGGUUAUCGAUGGUGUCACGAUGUAGAUCCAAAGCAUACAUAUUUCGACUUCGCUUAUAAUAGACACCAUAAAAUAUCACAUAAGGAGCACGUGAAAGAGAAACUGAAAAUUUUAGGACUUUAUGAGGAACCGAAAAAAGCAGAUAUUAAUAUUCCUGGAAUUGAAAGCGCUAAAGUUCCUGUUUUUAAAAAGAAAGUUCGUAAACCAUCAAUAGAUUGCUGUAGUGCUGUUGGAGGUAUCAAUAUAAGCGUAGAGACUUUGGGUGAAGACAAGGAUAAAUUUUUAGUUCAAGUGGUAUCUAACGCUUCAAAGGAAGGAGCCAAGACAGGGUCCAAACUUGUCAGUAUUAUUGAUUGUAAUCUACAUACUUUAGAAGAAAAUAGAACUGAGCACAUUACCAAGAAGGAUCUAACAAAAGAGCAGCGAAGUUACAUGACAAUCUGUGAAAGCGGCUAUUACAAUAAAGUGACCCGUAUUUGCGGCGAACGGCAUUUUGUUAAACGACUUUAUCACAGCUUCGAGGCAGCUCAUAAUUUUUUACUUGAAGGUGCUAACGUGGUCUUACUACGGUACUUUGGCAUAAGCAGAUUUUGUGGUCAUGUGAAAACUGAUACCGUCCUGAUAAACGGGAUUGUUUGUGAAAGCGUUUAUGUUUGCCUGGGCGUAAGCCAGUCUAUUGUAAAUGGAAAACCAUUAUUCGUUUCAAAAGUCGAACGUCACAUCAUAGAACCGUCCGGAUUUAUUCAUCAAACAUUGACAGUUCUCACGCUGAGAGUAGAAACAUUAGCUGAUUUACUUUUCAAAGGUUACCUCGUGAGUCAUGAGUGGGCGGAUAGUAGCUACAUAUUUCAUAUUAACCCUCUACUGCGCGUCGUUCCCGAAAGAGAUGAAAUAGAGCCUCACGAGCCACUACGGGAAAAAUGGCGGAGCGAUUUACAGUUGCUAUCGGAUUAUCUCGAUUUUAAGAGCACGCGUUCGUCUGAAGGCGCGAGAUACGUGACUGAAAAUGGCGAAUUAACCGGUGUGAUUCGGGACUACCUUCAAGCGUUGCUACUCCUUCGUCCACAUGAUGCUUUACAUUUUACUAGACACUAUUUUUCUUCAGCUCUAUCUGCUAUAGAUCUUCCUCAUAACGAAUACUUUGAUCCGUGCUCUAAGCAUGUUAGAUAUUAUUUCUUCGAGGAU